GGAUCACUGUUCACCGGCGGCCGAGCAACUCGCGUCUCUACACCGCUACUGUGAAGACUGAAGCAGACCGUACAGUUCUAGGAUCAGGAUCUGGAUCAGGAUCUUUAGUCUCCUUCUGCAGCCCGGCAUGGAAGUGUUCCUGGACACCUGUGGACGGCGGAGAGUCAAGUUCCUGCUGUUACUGUACCUCUUUGUGGUUAAGGCAGCAGCUGCUUGCUCUAAACCUAAGGGAAUGGAAAAUACUGUCUUAACCGACAAAUCGCUUCUAAUGAAUGAGUUUCCAGAGGGUUCUGAGGUCCACUGGGAGUGUGCCCAUGGAUAUGUUAGAGACGGUGGCUCUGGGAGUAUGACCUGCGUUGAUGACAAUUGGACUGAACCAGAUCUCAUCUGCAAAAAGAACGACUGUGGUCCCCCUAAACCUCAGCCAAAUAUGAACUUUAAUAUGAGCGCUGGAACCCUGUUUGGUGCUUCAAUAAAAGUAACAUGUGAUAAAGGUUUCCGGGUCGUUGGAUCGAGCUACAAACAGUGCUAUGCGACAGGGUGGAGCGGAAGAGCCAAGUGUGAAAUUGUAACAUGUGGCAAACCUUUUGAAGUGACCAACGGCAGACACUCAUGGGAUUCUCAAGAUGCCCCAAAAUAUGGAGAAACCAUAUCAUACAUCUGCAACGAAGGCUACACCCUCAUUGGGAAAGAGAGUAUCAUGUGCAGUGAAACUGGUCAAUAUGACUCUUGGGCUCCUGUGUGCGGAGGUGGGACAACAGAAGUCAGAGUUACAACAAAAAUGGCAACACCAACACCAACACCUACACCUACACCUCCAGGACAAGAAGUGUCCACUUCCACAGAUUCAUCUGCCACACUCACAGCUCACAGAGCUAAAACUGUCACAGCCAGUGCAACACCAACUGUCUCACCUUCACUACAAGGUGGCAGAGGCAUUUUGACAGCUGAGGGUAAAGCUAGCACAGCCAGUGUAGCAUCAAUGACGUCAUCUCCAUUUCAAGACAAGCAUGAUGGUGCUAUAGAUACCAGUGAGGAUGUUGGAAAUGUGCCCGUUAUAGUCAGUGUGAUCAGCGUUGUAUUAGUUGUGGGUAUACUUGUACUAUUUUUACACAAGUUUCUUCUGAAGAGAAAAGGCUCGUAUGACACCAGAGAAGACCUGAAGCCGGAGUUAUUACAGUUCCAAAAUCUUUAGAUUGCCUGCCUGACUAAGCUCUUCAAAUGGAACCGCGCCGAUCUAUUAAAGAGCAUCUGUGACUCAGGAGGGACGGGCCAUAAAACUGUAGCAGCGUCUCUCCGAGUUGACGGGGAAAACGAUCACUCACAUUAAUGUUAUUGCACUUCAAAUGACAGAUAAUCAGAUCUGUAAAAGUAUCAUAAUUUAAGUCAACGUCCACUGAUGAAAUGCACUUUUUUAUCGCCACUCUAUUUUAACAACUGUAAAUAUUUUUUUAUGCCACUAUAGUAUUGCUAUUUUGUACGUUAUUUAUGUUAUAAACUGGAAUAAACUCUUUAACAUUGC